AUGGUCCGUCUCCGCGCCCGGGGGCAGCAACACGGGCUCCAGCCAGAGAUCCUCAAAGUGCAGGACAUUGUACCAGGCCGUUUGCUGUAUCUGGCCGUGUGCUUGGAUGGCGUGCCAUUGCACUUCAUUAAUGUGUACGCCCCCAAAAUCGGAGCAAUGCAGACGCGUUUAACAAGGGAAGUGACCACAUUGUUGAACACUAUCGACCAUCCGGAGAGCAUUGGUGCCUCGGUUCGGUCUUUCUACAAGACUCUGUUCUCGGCUGGUACAUCGAGUGGGGAGGAGCAAGAGGUCCUAGAGAACAUCAUCAGGCGUCAAUGUGUCCCCACCUUUCUGAAGCCUUCAGACGUCUUCAGGUGGAACUUGGACCUGUCAACCUUCGUGCUACUCUAUCUCCUGCAGUUGGUGGUGAUCACCGUAGCCACCGUCGCGGUGAGCAAGAAGCUCUGGCUGAGGAAAACCAUUGGUGUCAUCACAGUGACCCAGGCCGCCACUCAACGCCGCAGGAAGAAGAGGACCAUCAAGAUGAUCGUGUUGCUGCUGGUGGUGGCCUUUGCCCUCUGUUGGUUUCCCCUCAACGUCUACACCGUCCUGCUCACCGGCCAACGCGUCCAAUUCAACAACACCCUCUACUUUGCCUUCCACAGGGUGGCCGUGAGCAGCACCUGUUGGAACUCCUUCAUCUACUGUUGGAUGGACAACAGGUUCCGCUCCGACCUCAUGACCCUUCUGGCCAAGUGUGGGUGGAGAAGGAGGAGAGGAGGCAAGUCCAGUGGAGACGGGAGGCAGUCAGGGUGAGAUGGGCGGACAAGCCUGGCCCGUCCACGGAGAAUAGGUGUUUCUACCUUGGUGGGCGCAGGGGUAACAAUGGGGAGGUGAGUACAUUUUAGACUUUACAG